CCGACAGAAAUCUUACAUGGGAUAGAAUUUACUUUCCCGUAACUUCUAAACCAAUGGAGAGAAAAUGGGGAGCAAAACUGAAGCAAAUUGAAGAACGAGCAUCUCGUUAUGAGAGGAAACCAUUAUCCUCAGUAUACAGACCAAGAUUGUCCAAGCCAGAAGAACCACCCUCCAUUUGGAAACUAUUCCAUCGGCAAACUCAGGCUUUUAAUUUUGUUAAAAGCUGUAAAGAGGAUGUUCAUGUAUUUGCUUUGGAAUACAAAGUGGGCGAUGGACAACGUAUUUACCUGGUGACAACCUAUCCUCAACUUUGGUUUUAUUAUAAAUCCCGAAAAAAUCUCUUACACUGCUAUGAAGUCAUUCCUGAAAACGCUGUGUGCAAGCUUUAUUUUGACUUGGAAUUUAACAAACUUGCCAAUCCAGAAGCUGAUGGGAAAAAGAUGGUUGCAUUACUCAUUGAGCAUGUUUGUAAAGCACUUCAAGAGCUAUACAGGGUUAAUUGUUCAGCCGAAGAUGUUUUCAACUUGGAUUCCAGCACUGAUGAAAAAUUUAGCCGCCAUCUAAUAUUUCAGCUCCAUGAUGUGGCAUUUAAAGAUAAUGUUCAUGUUGGUAAUUUUGUGAGAAAAAUUUUGCAGCCUGCUUUUCACUUGAUUGCCAGUGAAGAUGAUGAUAGUAUUUCAGAGAGCACGGGCCACGGAUUUUCCCAUUUUCCUGAAACGCCAAUUAAACAAGGAAUUUCCUUUAGCAAAAUGUCCUCAGAUAAAGAUAGAGGAGAGAGCCAGACACAGAAUUCAAAGGAACAGGGGAGGCUGGGGUCAGCUGAGCAAAGCCGUCCUGACCUGUCAUUUUUAGUUGUGAAGAAUAACGUAGGAGAAAAGCAUCUUUUUGUAGACCUCGGAGUUUAUACAAGAAAUAGAAACUUUCGGCUGUAUAAAUCAUCGAAGAUAGGAAAACAGGUGGCUUUGGAGAUUGCUGAAGACAACAAAUUUUUUCCUAAACAGUCCAAGACUAUUUCUGAAGAAAAUCAGUAUUUCCUAUCUUCUUUGGUCAGCAAUGUCAGAUUCUCAGAUACUUUACGAAUUCUGACAUGUGACACAUCUCAGAAUAAACAGAAACGAGUUGAAUAUUCUAACAGUACCAACACUAAAGCAGAAAACACUGAAGGUUUUCACUGUUCACCCUACCCUGAAAUUGAUCAGUUUGUUCUUUCUUUGGUGAAUAAAAAUGGCAUUAAAGGAGGAAUUCGGCAUUGGAGCUACUUUUUCCCAGAAGAAUUACUGGUUUAUGAUAUUUGUAAAUAUCGCUGGUGUGAAAACAUUGGAAGAGCCCACAAGAGCAAUAAUAUCAUGAUUUUGGUUGAUCUGAAAAAUGAAGUGUGGUAUCAGAAAUGUCAUGAUCCUGUAUGUAAAGCAGAAAACUUCAAAUCGGACUGUUUUCCAUUACCUGCUGAAGUUAGUCUCCUGUUUCUUUUCAAAGAGGAAGAAGAGGUCACAGCAGCUGAAACAAUGAACAGUGACACCAAGAGUCCUCAUAAGCCACCGUCGGGUCUGUUGUCAGAAGGUGCUGUUUCCGACGCUGACUGGGACAAUGGCCUUGAUGAGACUGACUUUGUGGAAGCUGCUGAAGAUGCUGAACUAGCCGCAGCUGCAGAGCACGGUCUCCUCGGUUACUGCAGCGGAGAGGGUGAAAUUCCCGACGAGCUAAUCGUGCAGGUAUUACAAGAGUAG